GCCGAGCGUCCCUGCCUCUCAGCUCAGGGGCUGUCACCUCCCCCAAGACGGAUGCUCCUGCCCUUUUGGUACCGGUGUUUUGACACUCUCUGCCACUGCCUCACCGUGUAGGCUGUCACAUCCCUCAGGCUGAAGCUUCAGCCCCAGCGUGGGAGCGUCAUCUUUCCAGGGGGCAAGGAUCCCACCCCCUCGGUGUUGGUCUUGGGCUCCUCCCUGUGGAUGUGUGAGCUUCCCAGCACUGAAGAACCCUUGUGGUGGGAGUGGUUGUAGAACCGGGGCUCACGCCUCUCCGCACCCGCCCUGCUGGAACCCCCUAAGAGGGUCAGGCUCGUUUGAUCUGAGGUGCCCACGCUGUGAGGUGUGGCGUUUUGGGGACUGGAGUCAUGCCUUGUUUCCAGGGUAAGGAACCUUUCUCGGUGUCACCUCCUCCAGGGGUAAGGUUCCUGCCUUCGUUGGUAUGGGCAUUGGUCACUCUUGGCCUUGAGGUGUCCACGCCUUUCUGUGUGCCCCCCACGGAGGAGCUAAGGACCCUCUCAGGUGUUAGUGCCCAAGGGCUCAUGCUUCAGCCUCCUGCUUGGGAGGCCCUACUGUGCGCGACCAGGCUUCUGCCCUCUUUCCUGAGGCACAGGUUUCUUGCUGGGGGCGAAUUCCGGUGUAACCUUCCCAAGGGGGGGUUCCCAGCCCCCCACCAUUGUAUUGGGCCUUGCUGUGGGGAGAUAACAGCCUUCACUUUCCAGAGUCUCAGAUGCUCUGUGUGAAGCGACAGCUGCCUCCCAGGUUCGGGAUGGCCUUCCGCCAUCCCUUCCGGAUAGGCCAGAGCCCUCGCCCCGCUCCAGGGCCCCGUCCAGGCAGGUGACAGCCCCGGAUUAGGGACCGCCAGGACUAAGCUUUCUGCUCCUCCUCAUCAGGCCUCCCUCCGUGUGGCAGUAUCAUCUACCCCGAGGUGAAGUGGGGGGCUCUUUGUUAGUUUCGGCCCCUCACUCUCUGGUGGUUGGCUCCUGCGGCCCUGGCGCGCUGCCCACCCUGCCCGCCCCCUAGUAGAGCCUCCUGAGUAGAGGGCAUGUGUCUUCGUCUUGGACAGUCGUGCAGUUAAGUCUCCUGGACCAAGGUUCCCAGAUUCCGUGGUGCUAUUAGAGACCCUAUGCAGUGAGAGCACCAGCUCCUCCCCCUGAGACGCGUGCCUGUCUCCGCGGGAGCCGGCCUGCCGUGGUUACCUUCCCUGGAGCAUCUCGGACCCCCCUGGAGCCGCGGGCUCCCAGCCCUUUAUGCUUGGGGCUCUUCUGUGAGGACACCUCCAGGUCAAGACUCAGGCUCCAGCUUCCUUUCUCUCUCCGCUCCUCUUGCUGUGGGGUUUUCCUUUCGGGAGAGGGUGUUGCCUCUGCGGCUGAGUCUCCUAACUACUGGGGUCGCCAGGCUGUCUAGGGCUAGGAGUACCCUGGCCCAGGAUACGCGCCCUUCUCUGGAGGAGCAGGCUUCCCUGCGUAGGUAGUGUCUUCUCCCACUUUGAGCUUCUGUCUGAAACGUCACUUCCUGGACCAGGUAGGGCUCUUGUUCCCCUGCGUCCAACUCCUUCACGACUUUCUUUUGCCCACUCUGGGGGAUAUCAGCUCCUCUCCUGGGGCGGGUGUUCUGCCUGCUCAGUAUGGGGACUUGGAAUGAGCUCCCCCUUCCUAAGGCGUGGAGUGUAAACUGGGCAUCCUCUCCACCUGGGCUGGAGCCCCUGCCCGUGCCCCAGCAUUGGCCUCCUGUCUAACGCUUCUGUACCCGCCUCUCACCCUUGGGCUUUUCUACGUUAGGAUGUUGGACCUGAGACGUCGCUGCACAGCUCAGUGUUGGGGACCGGCCCUCGUGUGAGAGCCUGUAUCAAGGGCACUUGUCCCAUCUCGCUUUGAGUCCCCUCAGCACACUUGUCUCUCGGAUCCUUUUUCUGGCUGCUGCUCCUUCCUGGAGCUGGAAUUUCCCCCGCUUGGGGUUGGGUCCCACCUUGGCAUUUCAGCAAGUCCUGGGCUAAAGAUGCUGCCACUGCUGCUUGGCCCUUUAUGGAGGAGCUUCGUGCCCCCCCAAGUCAUAGGUCUGCACCAUGCAAAGUGGGUCCCUGUGGAGGAUGCUGCCAGGAGGCUGAGGGGCCAGCCCUGUUGUCACUGUGAGCCUCUGUUUCCAAGGCAUGUUCUCUGAUACUCUGUCUCACCUGUAGCUACUAGCCAUGUGCGAUUUAAAUUUUAACUAGUUAACAUCAACGGUUUAAAUUCCGUUCUUCUGCACUAGCCACGUUGUGAGCUUUCAGGCAUUCAGUGGCACAGAUGCGGGACAGGACAGGACUGUUCUUAAGAUGUUCUCUUCCCCGUGGGUGGGGGUCCUCUCGGUAGGACUUCCCACUGGGUUGAGGGUCUUAGUCCUCCGUGGAGAGCUCUUUCUGCCUGGGCAGUUGGGGCUGCUCUGGGUGGGGCACCCUGCCCCAGGCCCUAGAGUGGACACUGCCCAGAUCUUGGGGAGCUUUCCAGCAGAGGCCACCUCUCUGAGGAGCAGCCUCCUGUGGUGCAGGCCUAACCCUCCCUCCCCAAGGCUCUCCUGGUCUUGGUGUUGGGCCCUGAAGUGCAGCUUGCCCUGGGUGAGAGCUCCUGGUGACCUUUGAUCUCGGUCCCCUCUGGGUCACGUGUGACUUCCUUUAGGAUGAAGAUGCCCUCUCGAAGCAUCGGGUGCUUAUCCAGUGCAUCUGGCACGUCAUUCUUUGUGCGCGCAGAUGGCUCCCUCGCAGCUGAGGUCUGCUUUGACCCUCUCAUCUUUGUAAGGUUCUCCUUUCCGGCCCUCUCUUGGGGAUGCCUUCUGCCUUCAAAUCUCUAGCCCUUUUUGGUAGCAGCCUCUUUGGGUUAGGAUUGGUAUCAGCCUCCUUUGGUUUAAGGACUCGUCUCUGGAAUAAACUUCUUAGAGGUCAAGGCCCUCUUCCACUUGGGACCGAGCCCUAUCUGCACGGGUGGGUUUAGCUUCCAUCUCCUCCCAUCGCACAUGCCCUCUGUCCCUUACAGCUCAUACACGCAGCAUCAGGCUCUUCUUCAUGGGGUGCAGAAUGGUCUCUGUCUCCUGACUUGGCUGAGGAGUGACCCUUUCCUAUGUUAGACUGGGUGCCUGACUCCUCUCUAGGAAGUGUGGUCUCUGGGUUUAAUGCCUUCGUUCUUAGCAGUCGGCUGUGAGCGGGAGGACUUUUUUCUGCUCUGAAAAAUCCUUGUGAGGGUCAUCUGGGGAGGUAGUGCCUCCUGCUCUAGGAACUUUCCACUUCCUGGGUCAGAGGCACACAGAAAGUGUAUCAACUUCCUCCUUUGCGUAAACUUCCAGGGUCCUGCCGUGAGCCGGACCCCGGGCUGGCCCGUCGGGGCAGCAGCCGCAGAACUGGACCCCGUCUCCGUCAUCAGAUAGCAAACACAUCUUCCCUUCUCCAUCCCCUGUGCCUGGCUGUUCUGACCUCAUUCACGUGCCUGGGUUUGGACCCCCCCGGGUGUAACUGUGUCUUCCUCCCUGACCUCUCCCGGCAGCGUCCGUCUCCAAGGGAGUAUGAAGAGAGCGCGUCCGUAGGGCUGGGAAGAUGGCGGACAAGCGCAAACUCCAAGGUGAGAUUGAUCGCUGCCUCAAGAAGGUGUCCGAGGGCGUGGAGCAGUUUGAAGAUAUUUGGCAGAAGCUCCACAAUGCAGCCAACGCAAACCAGAAAGAGAAGUAUGAGGCUGACCUAAAGAAGGAGAUUAAGAAGCUUCAACGGCUGAGGGACCAGAUCAAGACAUGGGUGGCGUCCAACGAGAUCAAGGACAAGAGGCAGCUGAUAGACAACCGCAAGCUCAUUGAGACGCAAAUGGAACGGUUCAAAGUUGUGGAGCGAGAGACCAAGACCAAAGCCUAUAGCAAGGAGGGCCUGGGCCUGGCACAGAAGGUGGACCCUGCCCAGAAGGAGAAGGAGGAGGUUGGCCAGUGGCUCACAAAUACCAUCGACACCCUGAACAUGCAGGUGGACCAGUUUGAAAGUGAGGUGGAGUCGCUGUCGGUGCAGACACGCAAGAAGAAGGGCGACAAGGAUCAGAAGCAGGACCGGAUCGAGGGCCUGAAGCGGCACAUCGAGAAGCACCGCUACCAUGUGCGCAUGCUGGAGACCAUCCUGCGCAUGCUGGACAACGACUCCAUCCUGGUGGACGCCAUCCGCAAGAUCAAGGACGACGUGGAGUACUACGUCGACUCGUCCCAGGAUCCCGACUUCGAGGAGAACGAGUUCCUCUACGACGACCUGGACCUCGAGGACAUUCCACAGGCGCUGGUCGCCACCUCCCCACCCAGCCACAGUCACAUGGAGGAUGAGAUCUUCAACCAGUCAAGCAGCACGCCCACCUCCACCACCUCCAGCUCGCCCAUCCCACCCAGCCCGGCCAACUGCACCACGGAAAACUCUGAAGAUGACAAGAAGAGGGGACGCUCGACGGAUAGUGAAGUCAGCCAGUCUCCAGCCAAAAACGGCUCCAAGCCUGUCCACAGCAACCAGCACCCUCAGUCCCCAGCCGUGCCGCCAAGCUACCCCUCCGGCCCCCCGCCUACCGCCUCUGCCCUGAGCACCACCCCUGGCAACAAUGGGGCCCCUGCCCCAGCAGCACCCGCAAGUGCCCUGGGCCCCAAGGCCAGCCCAGCUCCCAGCCACAACUCGGGCACCCCUGCCCCCUAUGCCCAGGCUGUGGCCCCGCCAGCCCCUAGUGGGCCCAGCACCGCCCAGCCACGACCCCCCAGCGUCCAGCCUGGUGGGGGAGGUGGAGGUGGCAGUGGAGGUGGCGGAGGCGGCGGCAGUAGUAAUAACAGCAGUGGAGGUGGAGGUGCUGGCAAGCAGAAUGGUGCCACCAGUUACAGCUCAGUGGUGGCAGACAGUCCAGCAGAGGUGGCUCUCAGCAGCAGUGGGGGCAACACCACCAGUAGCCAGGCUCUGGGCCCCCCCUCUGGCCCCCACAACCCACCUCCCAGCACCUCGAAGGAGCCCAGUGCAGCAGCUCCAACAGGCGCUGGGGGCGUGGCCCCAGGCUCAGGGAACAACUCCGGGGGUCCCAGCCUCCUGGUGCCACUACCUGUGAACCCCCCCAGCUCCCCGACGCCCAGCUUCAGCGAGGCCAAGGCAGCCAGCACCCUGCUCAAUGGACCUCCGCAGUUCAGCGCCGCCCCGGAGAUCAAGGCUCCUGAGCCUCUGAGCUCCCUGAAGUCCAUGGCCGAGCGGGCAGCCAUCAGCUCCGGCAUCGAGGACCCUGUGCCCACACUGCACCUGACGGAGCGAGACAUCAUCCUGAGCAGCACGUCAGCUCCCCCAGCCUCAGCCCAGCCUCCCCUGCAGCUCUCUGAGGUGAACAUACCGCUGUCGCUGGGCGUGUGUCCACUGGGGCCUGUGCCCCUCACCAAGGAGCAGCUCUACCAGCAGGCCAUGGAAGAGGCUGCCUGGCACCACAUGCCCCACCCCUCAGACUCUGAGCGUAUCCGGCAGUACCUCCCCCGGAACCCCUGCCCAACACCCCCCUACCACCACCAGAUGCCACCCCCACACUCGGACACUGUGGAGUUCUACCAGCGCCUGUCGACCGAGACGCUCUUCUUCAUCUUCUACUAUCUGGAGGGCACGAAGGCGCAGUACCUGGCAGCCAAGGCCCUGAAGAAGCAGUCAUGGCGAUUCCACACCAAGUACAUGAUGUGGUUCCAGAGGCACGAGGAGCCCAAGACCAUCACUGACGAGUUUGAGCAGAUCCCCGAGCGCCUCCUGGGCCACUCACUGACCGCCUUCUCCCCCGGCCAGGGCACCUACAUCUACUUUGACUACGAGAAGUGGGGCCAGCGGAAGAAGGAAGGCUUCACCUUUGAGUACCGCUACCUGGAGGACCGGGACCUCCAGUGACACCGGCCCCUUCCUCCACCCCCUCCCCCCGCAUGCUGAUCCCCCUGCCCAGGUGAGGGCCCUGCCCUGGAAGACUGGGGGGGAGGCCCCAGGCCCCGGGGCAGCCCCCUCCCCCAGGAAGCAGGGAGGGGGCCGGGAGGUGUUCUCUACCUCUCAGCCCCACCCUGGGGGCCCGGGGGCGAGGGCUGCCCCCUCCUCCCCUCCCCAGUGAGGGACAUUUUUUGGUAAACCUAUUUUCAUUUUGGAAAAUAUUUAUGAAUAAAUAGUUUUAUAUGA